AUGAGAAGAAAACUUCGUCUUUGCAACAAGACGAAAUCCGAUAUUGUUCCUGUGGAUCUACUGAUCGAAAUUCUUAAUCGACUACCUUUGAAAUACGCAGGUAGGUUUCUCCUCGUAUCGAAAUCAUGGGCAAAAAUCAUCCGCAGCAAAGAUUUCAUCAGAUCGUUUCCCCAUAGAUCCUUGAAUCAGUCUUGCCGUAUCCUAAUCUCUUUCAGCGAACUAGAUUACCAAGCAGGACACCUAAGCUGGUACUUCUUCUCGUCCUUAUGGUCGUCCUCGUCAACAUCAACGUCAACGUCUUUUCUAUCGAGGAUAACAUGCACCCUCACAAAACGGGGACACCACUACGAUACCGAGGUGAGUUAUGUCAAUGGGUUAGUGAGCAUUGGAUAUUGUGAGAGACAAAUCAUAUGUAACCCUGGCACCGGUAAAUCCAAAAAAUGUCCAAUAAUCAAAACCAGUAGGCCGAGCCUACUCAGACGUUUUUUCGGGUAUGAUCCAGUCAAUGAUGAGUAUAAGGUAUUGUGCAUGAAGCCAGGCGAUUCUUGUGCAGUCCCAUCGUCUGACAUUCAAGUAUUCACAUUGGGAGGUAAAUCAAGAUCAUGGAGAAUGAUCGAUUGUAGCAUUCCUCACAGCCCGUGGUCUAGCAAUGCUCUGUGUAUGGAUGGAGUUGUGUACUACCUCGCGUACACGGGCACAAGAAUGAGUUUGGUGGGAUUCGAUGUGAAGUCUGAAAAGUUCGAUAUCUUUGUUAGAAUACCUGACGGAUUUAGUUUUUUCAGUACAAGAGGUCCACCAGUUUUGUUAAACUACCAUGGCAAAGUAGCUGCACGCACUAUCACCAGUGAGGGAGCAAAUGAUUUGUGGGUUAUCGAAGCCGGGAAACAGCCUUUCUUGGAGAUGUCUUUCUAUGAAGUUCCUGAACGUUCUUUACAAAUGAAAGGUAUUAAUCAUAUUGGUGAGUUUAUUUUUGCACCCUCCAAAUCCAUUGGGGCUGAUGUUACCUGCUACAAUCACAAGGAAGGUAGUUUUAAGACCAUGGAUAUUGAAGUUGACGUAACCCGUUCUAAUUAUUUUACUCCAGAAACUAUUUCCUGGAUUACGUAG